GAAUAUCGAAAGAGAUGGAUUAGCCAAAGAAUUUUCUUUUAAGAUAAGAAGAGCUUCAAAGUAUGCAGGACACAAUCAUCUUUGGGCAUCUCAUGAGACUUCAACCAAAGAAUCUCAUGGUGACUGGACAAAUCAUUGCUUUUGA